CGUUUUGUUGGCUAAGCUAACGGAUCACCCGGCCCCGGUGGAAUGGCGCAACGCUGCCGGGAACUAUCGGAAGUACGAAUGAAGAAAAAAAAAACGGUGGGAAGGAGUCGGAGAAACAUAACCUACAAACCGCGGAACAGGUACGUCGGGCGCAAAGCCAGCUACCAGCUUUCAGUAGGUUUGCUACAGCGACUCCAACAGGACGCAUCCACAGUUCGUUGGUACUGUGCAACGAAAGGUGCCAGCACCAGUACUUCGCAUCGAGUUGUGGUGUUGAUAUCGGGACUUGAGUAACGUUGAGACAGCUCAGGAAAACAGGGGGAUCAGCCGAUCAAUAGAAAGGGUUUCUGGCAUACGUGCUCGUGUGAAAGUGUUCGACCAAGACCAGGAUCGCGAACAUCCUGGUACGUCGUGUGGCGUACACACACUCAAUACGUGCUGCCGGGUUGUCAGUGUCAGUGUGAAAUUUGUUUUGCAAAUUUUAAAAAGCUGUAUCAGCUAGUGAUAUUGGUCCGUAUGUUUGAGUGUGCAUGUGUCUAAGUAUAUUAAAUAGCAAAAAGCGGGAAUUAAUGUGAAGAAAGAGUGCUGUGAAAUUCUUGCACACGCAAGCUAGAUCAAGUGUCUUAGUGUAAUGUGCUAAAUUACAAAUUGAAAAGUGUUUGCUUCGCCCUUAAGAAACGUAUCUGGUAACAAGAACAGAAGACACUGCUUGGACGCAGGAAGUUUGUCGUCAGUAGUUAGGCCUCAAUGUUUCUGCAAGCAACUUAUUAAUUCCACAUCAACCAACCAACAACUUAACAAGCAACGCCCGACCCAGCCAAAGGUCCGAUUAGAAGGUGGUCCGUGGUCUAGCUCUCCGGCAUCCCGGAGACUUGAAGAAGCUGUCGAGUUCCUUUGGACACUGUCAAAGGAUCCGAGAUCUUUAACUUAGCGACCGGAAUAGCCUCAGAACACAUACAAAAAUGCUUCGUUGCCAGCAGCGAAGGUGUAACAGGCAGAUUUUGUUGCUUCUGUUCAGCUGCAUCCUGGUCUCCUGCACAUACGCCGAUGAAGAGGAAAGUUUCACAUCGGCCAGCCUGGUUCAGCCCGGUUCCGGCACAGUGACAAAGGUUUGCCCGUUUCCAGGCGCACCGGCCCAUGGAAGUGUACACUUCUCCGAUGACUCACUGUCAAACAACACCGUUGCCACGUACUACUGUGAGAGGGGUUUCGAGCUGCUCGGACCAUCCCGACGUGUCUGUAUCGAUGCCCAGUGGAUACCUGAGGGUAUUCCCUUCUGCGUGAUAAAUGUGGCAGCCGGAAAGGCACCGAUGCAAAUCUCCACCGAAGCAUCGGGAAUCCCACAGAAAGCCAUCGAUGGAUCGACGUCCGCUUUCUUCUCGCCGGACACUUGCUCACUGACCAAACCGGAACGCGUACCCUGGUGGUACGUCAAUCUGCUAGAGCCGUACAUGGUGCAGCUGGUGCGAUUGGAUUUCGGCAAGUCUUGCUGUGGUAAAGGCAAACCGGCAGCCAUUGUUGUACGUGUCGGUAACAAUCGUCCCGAUUUGGGUACGAAUCCUAUCUGCAAUCGGUUCACCGGUACGCUCGAGGAAGGACAACCCCUGUUCCUGCCCUGCAAUCCACCAAUGCCGGGAGCAUUCGUGUCGGUCCAUCUGGAGACAAAUGCACCGAGCCAGCUGUCCAUCUGCGAGGCGUUUGUGUACACUGAUCAGGCACUGCCAAUCGAACGGUGUCCCGCAUUCCGUGACCAACCGCCCGGUGCGUCCGCUUCGUACAACGGCAAGUGUUACAUCUUCUACAGCAGACAACCAGCAACGUUGCGGGAUGCACUUGCAUUCUGUCGUGCGCGCGGUGGUACACUGAUCAACGAAAGCAAUCCGGCACUGCAAGGAUUCAUUAGCUGGGAGCUGUGGCGCCGUCAUCGCAGCGAUACGUCCUCCCAGUACUGGAUGGGUGCGGUGCGUGAUGCACAGGACCGCAACACGUGGAAAUGGAUCGGUGGUGAGGAGGUGUCGGUGUCGUUCUGGAAUCUCCCCGGUGGUGAUGAGGACUGUGCACGGUACGACGGUUCGAAGGGAUGGUUGUGGAGCGACACAAACUGUAACACUCAGCUUAACUUUAUCUGUCAACAUCAGCCCAAGGCUUGCGGCCGACCGGAACAGCCACCAAACUCAACCAUGAUCGCACCGAAAGGCUUUGAUGUGGGUGCGGUCGUUGAGUAUAGUUGCGACGAAGGCCAUCUGCUAGUAGGACCACAGCAGCGUACCUGUUUGGAGACUGGAUUCUACAACGAGUUCCCACCUGUAUGCAAAUAUAUUGAGUGUGGAUUGCCAGCAUCGAUACCGCAUGGUAACUACGACCUCAUUAAUGGCACAGUUGGCUACUUAAGUACAGUGAUGUAUCGUUGUGCCGAUGGGUACGAAAUGGUAGGCCGUGCGGUACUGGUCUGUGACAUCGAUGAGCGUUGGAAUGGUCCACCACCACGCUGUGAGCUGAUCGAGUGUGAUCCUCUGCCAACACUUUUCCCGAACGGUGUUAUCGUGUCCUCCAACCAGACGGUGUAUGGUACACGCGCAGAAGUACACUGCAAUCGUGGCUACAUCCCUGACGGUGAACCCGAAAUUGUUUGUACAGCGACCGGUCAGUGGAGUCAGCCGCUGCCGAAGUGUGUCCCCAAUACGAUUGAAUUGAACGAAGGUCCAGCAACAGUCCGCCCAAGCGUAGUGGCUACUACGUCAAGUUCAUCUCGGGCUCCUCCAGUACUGAUCGUUUCGCCGACUACUCCUGCAUCGAUCGGUGGCAUUCCUUCGCGCCGUCAACCAACGGGUGGACGACGACCGGUCAGCACUGUGCGAUACUCUACACAGACACCCCCCCAGAGCAGUACCGUAUCUGCGGCAGAGUCGACUACAUCCAUUACGAUCAAUAUGGCGCGACCGACGACUGCGCAACCGAGCCACAGCAGCAGCAGCAGUACCACGGAGUCGCCUAUCUUCAGUAUCGAGAUCGAUGAUGAAGUGCGCCCCGGAUCGAUGGGUGAGGAUGCGGUUCGACCGUUCCGUCCACAGCAACCGUCCAUCGUGAUACUGCCGAAGGAUCCGGCCGCCGGUAAACCGGCAAACCCCGCCAAACCCACCAUCUACGAACCAACCAAUCCACCGGCGGUGGUAAGCGUCACCCCGCCGCCCGCCCAAACGUACCGACCGGUAACCGCUGGCACAACCGGACGCCGGCCGGCCACGACGACGACACGUGUCCGCAACCAGCAUCCGAACCACGAGCAGGACGUACUGCUGUCUCACCAUCCGCAGGACAAUGAAAUCCCCGGCAGUGUCAAUAUCCGGCAGGAUCAGUCACCGAAGGUGAACGUACCGUUUGCGGUGAACAAUGUGGACGAUCUGGUGCCGGCGGACGGUACCGAUGGCAAUGGCGGCAGCGACGGUUUGAUCACGAGCUUCGGCGGUGCGAACGGUGGUGCCGGUGGGUUGGGCAGUACGGGCGGUAGCGGGUCUGCAACGGGCGACCGGAAGGAAUCGAAGAACGCCAAGCUGAAUCUGGGCGCCAUUGUUGCGCUCGGUGCGUUCGGUGGUUUCGUCUUCCUAGCCGCCGUCAUCACGACCAUCGUGAUCGUCGUACGAAGAAAUCGCACCUCAAAUCAACACUAUCGGCAUCGUGCCUCACCGGACUGCAAUACGGUCGCGUCCUUUUCUAGCUCCAGCUCCGAGUCGCGGAACGGACUGAAUCGCUACUACCGGCAGGCGUGGGAAAAUCUGCACGAAUCGGCCUCAAAAAGCCACAACCAUUCCGGGUUGAAGCGCAAAGAAACGAUGGACGCCCCGGUGAACAGAUCCCGGUCGCGUGAAAACCUAGACGUGAGCAGAUCACGCGAACUGGACAGAUCCCGGGAGAACCUGUCGUCGGCACGAAGCCGUGACUAUGGCCGAGACAGUAUGGCGUUGCGCGACGGCUCCGAGAUGGUUGUGUCGGACGUGUGCGUGAAGGGCGAAAAGAAGCGCCACCAUCACCAUCAUCACAAGAGCAGCCACCGGAAUGAUUUCCGCGAACCGAACAUACUAGGCAGUGGUAAUGGACGGCGCGAACAUCGCCAUUACUGACGCGGUAAAAUGAUCAUCACGAUCCGGAUCGAUGGAGGUGCGGAACGCCACGAGGGCGAUAGUCUCAGGCCCAGUCGCGAUAUCUAGUAGCGAGCGGAAAAAUUAGUACACGAUUGCGACGUGUUUUAGUAGACUGUUGGUGCGGGAUGUUUGCGUGUGUCACCAACAAAACCAUCAAGCUCAAUGCUGCCAGAGGUGUCCGAACAGCAAUAGAGGGGUAGCAAUAGUGCACUGAAGACGACCAUGAGCCAAGCUCAGCAAAAAGGAAAAAGAAAGGGAGGGAAGAAGGUGAGGUGUAAGAUUUGUGUGUAUGUGUAUGUAUAUGUGUGUUUGUGAUCGAGAGAGAGGGGGACUUCACAGGCACUGGCACAUACUCAUACCAUUUGUUUUUGUUUCUAUUUUAAGUAAGCGUAUGGGUUACUAAGAGACACUACCACAGUCAACAUUAUUACUGGUUGUCUCCAUUAUCCUUUUGUGUACUACCUUUCCAAAACGCACCAUUUUUUUAUAGAACAUACCGUUCCUUUUCCUUUCCCAUCCGGUCCUCCACGUCCCCUGGGUUCUGUUUUACUCACACGAGUAAAGUCCCAAACAGCGCGUGAAGUGUGCGGUGUACUACUAAGCGGUGUGUGUACUAAUACAGGCGUAUAUAAUUAAGCAGUGCGAACAUUUAGUGCUUGUAGUUAACAGUUCGCCUAAUGGUCAUUUGUUAAUUAUACAACAAUGGUGAAACGGUAGUGAUUGAACGAAAGUUACAACGCAAGUCCCCAGUAUCAGCGUAUUUUGUAAUUAAUACCCUAGUAUCACGAAUUUAUCGGAUAACUGUAGUAGAACUAUUGUGUAUAGGAAACAAAAUGGUUCGUUAAGAUAACUUCUUAAGUAUUUUGUUUCCUUCCCAUUUCCCUUCCCCGUUUUCACCUUUCCCAAGCUUGGUAAGCUUGGCACCCGUUUUGCUUUUUUUCACCAUCGUGUACGAUCGAAAGCCAUUUUGACCACGUUUAGGUUAGUUGAUUUAGAUCCUCAUUUCUAGACGCGGUUGACAUGUUUUCCAUCAUUCUUUAGAAGAAAAACACAGUUAUCAAACAGUUGCUUACGCUAGAACCAUUUCGAAAUGAGAGCAAUAGAUCUCCUAAUCUUUCUCUCUCGUUCUUUCUUUCCGCCCUUUUUUCUUUAAACAUCUGCAUGUAUAUACACUAACCAAUGACGAAUUAGAGCGUUUCCACCAAUACCAAUACCCCAUAUGUCUUACGAUUUUCGUAUCCAAUUUUCCUAAAAAUGGAGAAAAUGAGUGAAGAGCGCAUUUUAAAAAAAAUAAGCAUGAAACAUUAGCGAAACAAUGGCUUACACAUAACACAUAAUAGAAACCAGUCACAACCAUAGUGAACUACUAGAGCCCUAGCUCAUGAGAAAACGCUCAAGCACAGCAAGAAGCCGAAAGAUGAUGGAAAGAAAAAAGAAGACAAUUUAAGUGGCAAUAUGAUGUUCUAGUUAACCUAUUUUUAGUCGCGUUUAGUAAUGGUGUUAAGUGAAAAAAAAACAAGGGGAAUUGUUCUAUUCUUGCAAUAAUAAGACGGGUGAGCGGUACGCACAACACCGUAGCUGUUGUGUUGGUUGGUUUCGAACAUAGUCGAUAGGAAAACAAAAACACACAGACAGGUUACUGUUACUGCUGUAUUGGAAGUUUGUAGUGUUUUGCUAGACGUUUGAUUUUGUUAUAUACCGUACUCGAUUCCGAAAGAAAACAAAAACGUUCGGUGGGAAUAUGUGUGUUACUUUUACAAAUAAACAUUAUCAAUGUUGCUAUACUAAAA